CCGAGCUUUGUUGAAGUGCCAGAACGGAAGCGCGAAGUGUCGUUUCCGGUAGUGCUGCACAGUUAGUGACAUCACAGCGGGCCUAGAACCGGCGCAACAGUCGGUGCGGAGGGAACUUAGCCGCCCCCAGACCUACAACACGGGAACCGACUGUACCAACCCGAGAGCGGCAAUGAGCAUCAAACACGUGACUUGCAGGUAUUUCCUACACGGCGUGUGCAGGGAGGGGAGUCGUUGUCUCUUCUCUCAUGACUUGGCCACAAGCAAACCCUCCACUGUGUGUCGCUUCUUCCUGAGGGGUCAGUGUGCGUACGGCACGCGUUGCAGGUAUGAUCAUGUUAAGCCGUGUAACGGAACCGUGUUUAUCCCUCCGCAAGAGAUGUCGCCCGUACUCAGCCCCCCUCCACUAUUCCCGGCACAGGAAGCUGCAGUGCCCCCCACAAUCCCUGCCCCCCAGAGACGUGAGAAGAAAACCCUUGUACUGAGGGACCGAGAUCUGUGCGGUGCAUCUGUGGAUCCUGCGCUCCAGCCCGGCUGCAUCACUGAGUCUCAGGGGAGUGAGGGGGAGGCCAAGCCCCAUUCAUACCUGGAAGCCAUUUGUACUGGGCUGGACGAGAGCCAAGACCCCGCCUCCUAUCCUGGGGCCCCCCAGCAGUUGUGCCCUUUUGCCCAGGCUGGUGAGUGUCACUAUGGCGACAGCUGCCCCUAUCUCCAUGGCGACGCCUGUGAGAUCUGUGGCCUCCAAGUUCUUCAUCCGCACGACCAGGAGCAGAGGCGGGACCAUGAGAAGCUGUGCAUGGAGAACUUUGAGCUGGACAUGGAGAGGGCCUUUGCAGUGCAGGCGAGUGAGGGGAGAGUGUGCAGCAUCUGUAUGGAGCGCGUCUACGAGAAACAGUCGCCCGCCCAGAGACGUUUCGGGAUCUUGUCCAACUGUAACCACACCUACUGCCUGACCUGUAUCCGCCAGUGGAGAUGCGCCCGCCAGUUUGACAAUCCUGUCAUUAAGUCGUGCCCAGAAUGUCGCGUCAUCUCCGAGUUUGUCAUCCCCAGUGCCUAUUGGGUGGAAGAUCAAAGCAAAAAGGAUGAGCUGAUCGAGGCCUUUAAGCAGGGAAUGGGGAAGAAGUUGUGUAAAUACUUUGAUCAAGGUCGGGGGACGUGUCCGUUUGGGGGCAAAUGUCUGUAUUUACAUUCGUAUCCCGACGGGACCCGGGCGCAACCUGAGAAACCACGGAAACAACUCGGGAGUGAGGGGAGCGUGCGGUUUCUCAAUUCGCUGCGCCUGUGGGAUUUCAUUGAGGAGCGGGAGCAGCGGGGGGUCCCUGAUGCAGAGGUGGGGGAACUCGGGGAGCUGUUCAUGCAUCUGUCUGGAGCCGACGAGGAACUCCCUGCACCCUCUAACUGACCCCGCACACUAUUUAUUAGACACAACCUACUGACCCGUUUGCACAACAAUAAAGCUGAUGUUUGGGA